AUGAAUAAUGAUAAAAACAGCCGCAGCAAAGGAAGGGAAAGAAUGAGAACAUUCUAUCGCCGCCAAAGAGGAAGAGUGCCGUCCUCGUCAUCAUCGUUGUUUGCAGAAGGAGUAUCGGAUACCGACGACGUUUUAAUUUUAUACACGAAACCGGGGUGCUGCUUAUGCGAAGGUUUAGAAGAAAAGUUGAAAGCAGUUUUAGAAUUAGCACAACAGCGCGAGAGAGAAACAACAACAGGAGAUGUUGAUAAUAAUAGCAGUCAAAAUAAUCACGUCGCUUUGGACUUGCGAGAAUACGCGUUGGAAAUCAGAGACGUGUCGUUGAAAAAAGAAUGGGCUGACGCGCACGCGGGUGAAAUACCAGUUUUAUUCGUCGGUAAGCGCGGUGACGCCGACGACGCGCAAACGGCGUCGAAAGUGAAACGACCAACCCCUAGAGUGUCCAUUGAAAGGCUUAAAUUCGACUUGGAGAAGCAUUUAGUAUCGUUAACAUCGAAUAAUACUCGCGAGGACAAUGCAUCGAAGACGAAUGAAGAUGAUACAAGAGGCGGAGGAGGAUGGAAAGUCAUCAGCGCGAAGCCGUUUUGA